CUAUUAAGGCUGUUGAUCUUGUCUUGUUUGUACUUGUACAUUCUUGCCUAUUACAUGCUUCACACAGCAAAAAAUAGAACCUUUGACACAUUAAUGUCAUACUACAUUUUAUAUAUCAUCUGUGUGUUUUUAAAUCUAUUUAUAUCAGACAUCAGUGUGAAAAGAGGACAGGCCAUAACUUUCUGGUGGGACGCAAACUGUGAAGUAAAGGGCAAAUGGAAGAAGGAUGGUCUGACAUUGCACAAUGGUGGCAGGAUCACUAUCAACCAAUCAGAAGACUCUCUAAGCUUCAGCCUGACAAUCAGUAAAGCCACAGGCGAGGAUGAGGGUGGAUACACCUUAGAGUUGUCUAACAGAAAAGGUCAGGUGUCAGGUUCUGCAAAGGUCAAAUUACUGGAUUACGCUUUGGCUUGGAGAACAAUGGACUGUCAAGCGAAUGACGCAGUGAAAACGGCCCUGAGGGAGUUUAGACCCAGCAACCCAGAGGCACAACGCCUUCGCUUCCUGCUACAUGGGCCAGUUGGAGCAGGGAAAUCCAGCAUUGUCAACUCCAUCAACACUGUCUUCCAGGGCCGCAUAAAAGUGAACGCUCAUGCACCCCCAGGCACUGACACAACUGAAACCAAAACUUACAAGACGCACAAGAUUGAGAACCAGCAGGGAAACGAGUUGUCUUUCGUCUUCAAUGACCUCAUGGGUCUAGAGAGACAAAAAAGGUGUGGGGUGCUGCCUGACGACAUCAUCAGUGCCAUAAAGGGUCAUAUCAUAGAUGGCUAUGAGUUCAACCCCACAUCUGAGUUGAAAACCGGGAGGUACUACAACAGCAACCCCACUCUGGAUGACAAGGUCCACUGCCUGGUGUGUGUGAUUCCUGCAAACAAAAUCCCUCUGCUGGAGGAACACGAUAUCGUCAUCAUGAAGAUGAAGGAAGUGGGAGACGAUGUCAAAAUCCUGGAAAUCCCCCGUGUAGUCUUGAUGACCCAUGUGGACAAAUGUUGUCCUUUGGUGAAUGAGGACCUGGGCAAAAUCUACUUUAGCAAGAAAGUUAAGAUAGCAAUGCAGGACUGUAGUAUCAAGCUUGGUGUUCCCAUGAACUGCAUCUUCCCGGUGAAGAACUACCAUGAAGAGAACUGCCUGGAUAAGAAAAUGGACUGUUUGAUCCUGGAUGCCCUGAACAAGAUUGUCGACUUUGCCAAUGAUUAUGUGAAGAAACAGAUUGAAUAGAGAUGGGGGAGUUAUUUCUUGCCUUCUUCUAGAUAAGCAGAACUGCACACAACUUUUCAAAAACUUUAAACUGUUUAGAUAAUUGACCUACCCCACUAUAAAAUGUGUGAUAGACUAGCAGGUCAGGUGAUGUUCAUGUCUGCAGCUUGUUCCUUGUUUUGGACUCUUAUUUUGCCAUGUGUUGUUUUCCUGUUCCUUGUGUUAAUUCCUGUUAAGCCUUGUGUUUACUUCCUGGUUAACAUGUGUUUCUUUUUCUGUGUACUACAUACUGGAUUCUUGUGGUGGAAAAAGUGUGAACGAAAACACAAAAAUCUGUCUGUAAAGAAAAUCAUCAAUCAGUAUAACCAUGACUACUAAAAACUACAAAACAUUAUUUAGACUAUUGAGAUGAUUUAGAUUAUGUGUACUCUAUUUUUGAUUGUGUAUCAAGUAUUGCAAACAUACUGAUGAGAGUUGUAUCAGAGGGACUAUCCAGAUGAUGGUUGAACGCACCCCACUGUCUCCCAGAGGCCAUUCAUUCUUAACCUGGAAUCAUGCUGUUUCUCCCACAUGGGCUACUCUAGAAUACCAUGAGCUAUUGGGUUGGGCCUCGGUAUUGAAGGCAGGCGCAGGUGGCUGACCAAAUAUGAUAUGAAUAUUUACGGGCCCAACUGAUCCUCCACUUUAAAAAAGAACACAUAAUCCAUGGGGAAGGGCCCAGGAAGAUUUAGUGAGACAAGAGGGGUUAAUCAGGUGUAUAAGAAGAGAAUGCAAAACUCUGUAAAAAUCUGAAUAGUCUCAAGACUUGCUUAAGUUUAUGCUGUUGGUAUUUUACUGUCAAAAUAAAGCUUUUUGCUCCCAA